UGCGGUGCAGAAGAGCUGAUAUAAACCAACUCCUCCGAGUUUUGAACUUGAAUUUCGACUUGAAGACAACAGCUUGCAAAGCUUUGAGACUUUCAUACUGAGGGAAAGGGAAGGAGUUUUGUACCUUCAAUAACACUCCUCGCUGUUCAGCUUUUUUAAGCAACCAACUGCUGAAUACAAAAGAAGCCUGUGCUACUAUCAACCAGCAACCAAUGCAAUGCAAUAGAGAGAGAGAGAGGGGCUGCUGCACUGCAACCCUAAACGCAGGACGAGAAGAGGGAAGAAGAGCAGCCAGCCAAGCCCUCUGAGCAGAAUUAUUACUUAGUUAGUUCCCUGCCAACCGUGCACAACGGAUCUGUCCACGCAACGUUGUAAUAAGUCUGAAAAGAUUGAUUCGCCAACUCACAACUAUCAUCACCUUCUGUACUAUUAUAAAAGAAAGAGUUGACAGUUUUGCGAAGUAAUAUCUACUUAGUUUAUAGAAAAAAUAGCACAAUAAUAUCUCCGACAGAAUUGUUAGUGAAUUCGGCAAAUUGGGAAUUCUGUGUCACAAGUGUACAAUUCGUUUGGUAGCUGGACUCGGAGGUUAAAUUCCCAGCAGCAGUUUGGUAGUGAUUUUUCUGAUUCAAGAGAACUGACUGAACGGAUCAGUCUGGAUUCAACUUUCAAAAUGUGGAAAAUCUCAAAAUCUUGGAUUGUUUUAGUGGUUUUAGCAGGUAUAUCAUCAACGUUAGCCCAAGUUCCACAGCAGGCGCAAGUACCAAACCAUCAUAUUAAUGCGAGAAGAGGAGUUCCAUCAAACUUUUCAUGCGAAUCUCAAGGAACUCCAAUCUCUUAUUGCAUAUGGGAACGACCGGCUGAUCCUACGAAAAACUUGUCCGUGAUUUACUUGGAAUUCUCAGGAGAUACCCGACCUGGACAGCAGAGCAAGAAGCCGGGUUAUUUUUUGACAGGAGAUGGUUUGGAUAAAGGACAAUGUGGUUUGAAAAUUAACCGAGUUGAGGACACUGACAAUGGAGUGUGGCAAUGCACUCUUCUAACCAGUUCAGGAUCACAAAGAGGACAAGUCCACUUGAGUAUUCUUCAGAAACCAUCUGCACCGCAGUACGUCAAUAACGUGGAGCCCAUGUACGAAGACACCAAGACUAUCCAACCUGAGAAAAUUACUUGCUAUAGCACUAAUGGUGUUCCUCGACCAAAGUUCCAGUGGUUCAUUGGAGAUGAACAAAUUACAAGCGAUCUCAGUCCACUGAAUGAAACAACUGCCGGCAACUCCCUCUACACAUUCCAAGAACUUCGCAAUCAUCGAUUCUCCUUUAAGGACCAUGGAAAAAAGCUCCGCUGCGUCGUUGUUCAUGAAGCGUUGAGUGACACUGAUAUGAAGGAAGUUUUAAUGAACAUUGAAGUCAGAUAUCGACCUCGAUCUGUUCGGUCAGAUGGCCGUGAAGUUGACCGUGGAAUUGGAAUUCAAGCUGAUUUGGGCGAAGAAAAAGUUAUUCUCUUAAAUGUAUCCUCCAACCCACCUCCCCGAGUAGUAUGGGUCGUGGAUGGCAAGCAGCUAGAACAAGGAACAAAUACUGAACUUUUCGAAGCCAUCCCGAUGAGACACGUUGCUCCAAGCGUGUACGAAGUUGCACUUAAGAUUAAAUCCGUGGAUGAUGAAGUGUUGACCAAGAGGAUUGAACUGAAAGUUUCCAACGAUCUCGGAGUCGCGGAUUAUGUCAUCAAUAUCAACUCAUCGUCUUCCGGUUCGGAUGGACUUAGCGCCGGAGGCAUCCUUGGAAUUGUUUUAGCUAUCCUCGUCCUCAUCAUUCUCAUCGCGGUCGGUGUAGUUUACACUAGAGCUAGAGGUCUGUUGUGUUUUAAAGGAGAUGAUGGAACUGCGUCCGAGAAAGAAAGAAUGGAUGGUGAUAGCACCGGUGUGGCAGCAACGGCAGAGGAGAAACCAGCAACUCAAGGAUUUGGCGCACGGCUGAGUGCGCUAUAUGAAAACCUCGUGAAGAAGAAGGACAAAGGCGCGGCCGUUCCUGUAGAUGAAGAGGCACCAAAGGAGAAAGAUUCUAAGGAGAAGGACGGCGAAGGCGGUGGAGACAGUAAGGAUCCAGAAAAGAAGGGAGACGAUAUUGUCUAUGCAGAAUUAGAUUUGGCUCGAUCUGCUGCAGAGUCACAACGUCCCGAAGUUCGAGAUGACAAAACUGAAUACGCAGAAAUAGUUGGAGUUGUCUCUAAAGACGACUCUGCAAAGAAAACGCCAGAGGCCAGUCCCAAAAAGUGAACUGUUUUUCGGCCAUCAACUAUCAACAAAAUCUCAACCUGUCACAGAAAAUCUCCAAUCAACAAGUUGUGUGUAAAAUUAGGAAUGAUUGACUUUAGAAUCUCUGGAUUGAUAUUACACUAAGAAUAAGAGGCAUAAUAACUUGAUUAGGACGCAAACAAGAAUCUGAAAUGGUGAAAUUAAUUUGCAUAACUUUAAAUUUAGAUUUAAUCACUUUAACAAAUGAAUAAUUGUUCAAAUGUCAACUUUAUAUUCUCAUAUGUUUAUGUCAGAGCAACUUUUUCAUGAAGUACUAAUUGUUGGUUUUGUACAUACAUACAUGUAUGCACACAACAUGCAAGAUUUCAUUUAAAUUAAAUGCAGAUUCAAAAUGUCCCAAGUCAUGAAUUAGUGCACAAAUUGUUUUGUACAACUGUUGAGAAUUUAUUCGCGUGAUGAAACUUUUAACAAAUUGAAGUUUACCUUGAUUUGAAUACUUCAAAUCAAAGAGUACUUCCGCUAAUAGCUGUUAUAAUAAUGACUGACUGCUGGCUUUAUAAUUAUUAUACAUGUUUUACAAAAAUGGACAGCCAGUAACUCAUAGCAUAUAUACAUUUAGAUAUAUAAUAUAUAAGUACUAUUGAAAAUUUAUACUUUUUAUUUACCAAUUGUAUACACACUUUAUAAUCAGCUUGUUCAAAUCUGAAAUACCCAAAUGUUCAAAGUUCAAACAUGAGAUUAGCAACGUAUAUACACACAGCACAUUUUCAAAUUUUGCAUGUUAUUCCAAAUAUUUACCUCUGAUCUCUUUUUGCUAUAUAUCAAAAUUGUUCUUCCAAGGCACUGUAAAAUACUAUUAAUUCCAUUAAUUGCCCAACAAUGCAUAUACAUAUAUUUAUAUAUAUAUAGUGUGUUGAGAAGCUGUAUUAGUAAAACAUAAAAACUCGAUAUGUAUAUACAUAUCUACAUGUGUGUACAUGUGCACACGCACAUUUAGAAUUUUUCAUUACUUGUAUAAUUAGAGUUUUUUUAUUAAAGUGCAAUUCGGUUUAAAUUCUAGUUAUUAAACCACUAUUUGUUAAUAUGUGACUAGUAUUCGUUUCAUAUUUAUAUAUUUUUAAAAUAGUCAUUGGAUAUUUGGUUUACAUAAUUUAGUAACAAUCUCAUGUUGCUUCAAUUUGUUAACUAAUUAACAAGGUAUUGCAAGAUCUUAACUUCUUCCACGUAGUUGUGUAGUUUUAGGAAAUUUAACUUUGUAAUUAAUAUAAUACAACGUACAGCUGUGAAUAAUUUUGCACUCAUUUGUGUAAAUUUAUAGCAAAGUCGUUGUAAGUGACCCAGAGAACCCAGCAACAAUUUUGGUAAACAUGUGCGACAUCCGUCCGGGGACUCAAUAUUCAUGUUUCCAGACGUUUGUACAUAGUAAACUACAUACAUAUAUUCAUAGGCUUAAUGUUCUUGUAAAUUUUAACGGUUGAUUAAGUUAAUAUUUCAUGUAACCAACCAGUUCCGCGUUUCUGUUGAUCAAUUGCAGCUUGAAUAUGUAUUUUUUAAUAAUCGUAUAUAUGUAUUUCUGUGGUAUUGUGAUCAACUUUAGAUGAAUGGCAAGGCAAUUAGAUCAUUUACGACACAAAUUUAACAGCUAAAGAGUAAUAGCUUAUUAAAUUGAAAUGAUGAUAGCUUUCGAGUUAAACUAACGUUAUGCAUGCCAGCGGUAAUUGUUAUAUAAUAAUAUACCAAGAAACAUUAAGAAAAUAUUUUAUUUAUGUAUGGCGACCAGGUCAUGGAUAUUAUUUGUGAUUAAUUCUGCUGUUAAUAUAAAGCGUUAUUAACUAUUAGUUAAAAUGUCAUAUUAGCCAUCAGAAGGAAAGUAUUAAUUAGUUUUAAAUUGUUUACUCUGAAUAUUACUAUAUAUUCAUGUUAUUCAUCUGCUUUUGAAUGUAUGCUAUUUCAGCGUUCAAAAUAAGGCAAAAUUCCAACACAACAUAAGUAUUUAGCAUAGCUAUGUAAGCUAAAAAAUUUAAAAAAAAUUGUAUUAUGUGCUCAGUA